UUGGCGACAUCGGCCGAACGAUUCGGAGCGUUUUUUUCGUUUCAAUUUGGCAACGUGUUCAAAAAAAGACUUAACCAAAGAAGAAAAUUUGGAAAAUAGCAAAGUCAAGAAAAGAAAAUUUCAGUGCCCAGUGCCAGAGAUACACUCUCUUAUUACAAUAUAGAUAUACUUUGAAAAGUAUAUGCCAUGCAAAUUACUGGCAUGUGAUAUUGUGUUUGCCCCCAACCCCUGAACUCCGAAACCCUUAUAUAAGAUACAAAUGAUAUAUGAUAUACAGACAUAUAUGUGAUUCAUUUCCCUUCCCUGAACCGGUUCUCCAGAGAUCUUCUCUCCAUCCGAAAGAUCUUGGGCCUCAGUCGUUGAGCUGUGGUGUGAUAGAGUCAAAGCCAAAAUGAAAACUCAAGUGUCUACUUUUCUUUUUUUUACCGUGCUUAAGUCUCACACGAAAUGUUGUUUAUGAACCCUCCUUACUCCCAUUUUAUGAAUAAGUGCUCCCCCUGAAAUGAUUUCUAAUGAAAUCUUCCGAAAUCUCCCUGUUAUCCUUUAAAAUUAAGUGAAAGAAAUUAAAAUACAAUGGACAUUGUGUUGGGAGAGAAAAAGUCUUGUAUAAUUGAAAUAUAUUUUUUCGCCUCUUGCCCAUUUAACUAAAUGAUUAUAUUAAAUAAACAAAACCUACAAAAAUUUCUGAGUUGUGAUUUGAAGAAGUGAAAACUCAUAUUAGCUUAAAUGCAUGAUUCAUUAAAUGUUUUAUUUCGUGUUAAAACUGUAACCUAGUUAGUGCAGUGAAACUAUAAACUUAAAAAAUAAUAAUUUUAUUGUGAUUCCCCAACAAAUUUAAAAAUGACUCAUUCAAAAAGAAAUGAUUUGUUGUGUUUAGAGAUGAUGCGAUCAACAAAGUGCAUGAGUGAUCGCUAAGACAGUGAUUAUGGAGCAUUAUGUGGAUUUCCAUCUGAGAUGAUAAUAAAAUAAAUGAUCCUUGGUCCUUCCUCCUAAAUGCCCAGCAAAGUGAGUUCGGUUCCUUGUGGGCUGUGAACUUUGCUAGGAAGCCUUGCAAUUUUGUAAUUUCCAGACUGUUCCAUAUUUAAUUUGUUAAUUUCGUAAACCUGUGAAAUGCAGCAUAAACUCAAUUUCAUUUUCUUGGAUCACUCAGUCGAUUUAUUUGUGGGGCUUGGGGCUAUUUCAUCACAUGGCGAAACUUGUACGAAAUUCCCCGCUGCCGAACAGCUUUGUUUGCCUUUUUUCUGUUUUGUUUUUUUGUUGGUCGACAAUCAGAGAACGACGCUAAGUCCACGUAGUUGAUAGCGAACUGUAAACACAAAAUCCAGUUUCGUUGGUGUUUGUGAGAGAUCAAUCGGCUACAGUAGAGCCUUCUUAUCGUGGAUUUUCAGUAAUUGCUUUAAAUUGGGCAGGAAAUUCCAUUCAAGUAAUAACGUAAAAAUUAUUAAGAUUUAAUUACGGACUAAAAUGUAAGGUUUUGUGAUUUUUUUUAAUCAUAAGCCAUUGUGAACUUUUUUAUUGUAUAUACGAGAAACACAGAUCAUAUGAAAAUGGAUCUUUCCUUGUGGAACUUCCAAAAAAUAAGGCAUAAUGUCUGUUAAGUGAAAUGUAAGAAAAUAACAGAAUAAUAAAAGAACUCCUAAGUUUGUUGUUUUUGUUUAAACAACAUCUAAAAAAAAUACCUUGCGUUUAAUAAGUGAAUUGGGUUAUUUUAAAAUGUUUAGUAAUUUAAAUUUAAUAAUUCUGUGUGUGAGUUAUUUCUUAAUACAACUUUGAAGUAUUUUCAUAAGAAGCGAGGAUCAAGUGCAUUUUCAUAUGGUAAAAAUGUUACUACAAUUAAAUGCACAUUGGUUUAUAAAAGCAUUUUACAUUCUGGGGCUUAUUUUGAACGUUAAGAAACUUGAGAUACCUGUCCAUCAUGAUUUGUGUUGGCCCAGUGAAGUUCCACUGUAUCCAAAUGACUCUCCCUUUGUGUGCGACGCAUUUCGCAAUGCUCGCGAAGUGCCGCUGCCCCACCAUCCACCACCCACCGCCCCCUCCUCUUCGCCGCCUUACCGCUCUGCUGGCGCCGACAAAUGCCGACGCCCCUGAGCGUAUAAAAAGUGCCGGCCGGCGAGCGGUUGUCAUCAGUUUCCAAGCUAUCAGCCUUGCGAAAGAGCGCCUCCCAGCGAACACCGAUCAGAAAAACAACAAAAUCCAAGCGAACAAAGCAAGCCAAGCAAACUAAGCAAUCCAAGCCAAAACAAAGUAUUCUGUCGAAACGCAUUUACACCAUCGAAGGUAAAUCCACGAGAGAAGCCGAGAUGAGCGAGUUGGCCAAGCUGCAGGAGCAGGAUCGGGAGCAGGUUCCCCAGGAGCAGGAUCCCCAGGAGCUGGUCGACUGCGACAUUGAUUUCGAGGAGGUGUGGCCGGCUUCCAAGGAGCGGGAGGCCAGGAUUCCGGCCAGGUCCUCUGACAAGCGGUACUCCAAGGCCCUCAAGAAGGUGACCAAGGUGCAGCGCAUGCUGGAGCAGGCCAUGAUCCUGCUCGCCGAGGAGGAGGCCAGGUGCCGGGAGCAGGAGCAGGGCCAGGAGCAGGGCUCCAAGAGUUCCAAGAAGCAGGAGAAGAAGCAGGCCAAGAAGGCCAAGAAGCAGGCCAAGAAGCUGGCCAAGAAACAGGCCAAGGAGAGUGAGAAGGCAGGAGAGGAGCCCACCAGCUCCUCCAGUUCCUCCAGCUCUAGUUCCAGCUCCAGCUCCUCCAGUUCGAGUUCCAGUUCGGAGGAGGAGGAGGAGGUCAACUUCUACGGCUGCGGCUGGGGUCGCAAUCCCUGGCGCCGAGGACCCCAUGGACACCAUGGUUUUGGCCGCAGGCACGGUCAUGGUAUUGGCCACAAGCAUGGCCACAAACAUGGUCGCAAGCAUGGCCAUGGCCACAAGCACGGUCAUGGACCGGGACCCCACCAUCAUGGUCGUCAUCAUGGACAUCACCACCACCUGGGACCCCACCACCACCACGGACCUCACUUCGGACCCCACUUUGCACCCCACUUUGCACCCCACUUUGGACCCCACUUCGGACCCCAAUUCGGACCCCACUUUGGACCCCAUUCCUUUGACUGCGACCGGAGGUCCUGCCUGGGACCUUGGCAGGAUCAGGGACAGUUUUUUCGGUGGAUGGGCCUGCCGUGGGCCCUGGACAAUGCCGCGGCCUGCCGGAGGAGCCGAUCGCUGCCUAGACUUGGGCACGACCAUCGUGGAGAUCUCGGAUUCGGGUUCGGAUUCGGACCGAGACACGGAUACGGACAUGGCCACCCGUGUCGACCACAUGACCGUCGAGUAGAGCGAUCCAUCUCCCGUUCGGGUUCCCCUUCGGGUGAGAGGAAGCGCUGCGCAAGGAAGUCGCGGGGCAGGAGAUCCAAGUCCAGAUCGAGCUCUAGCUCCAGCUCCAGUUCCAGCUCCAGUUCUAGUUCCAGUUCCGAGGAUGAGAAGCGACACAAGAAGCGCAAGGGCUCCUCUUCCAGAUCCAGCUCCUCUUCAAGCUCCAGCUCGAGUUCGGAUAGCGAUGUGGAGAGGAGGCACAGGCGCGGUCAUCGCGGUCAUGGGCAUCACUUCGGCCCUCCGCGGGGACAUCACUUUGGGCCCCAUCCGGGACCAGGACACCGUGGCCACCACUUUGGGCCUCAUCAUGAUGGCCACCAUUUCGGACCCCAUCAUGGCCCUCAUUUCGGACCUCAUCAUGGCCCUCAUUUCGGACCUCAUCAUGGCCCUCAUUUCGGACCCCAUCAUGGCCCACAUCCUGGACCCCAUCAUGGCCCUCAUUUCGGACCCCAUCAUGGCCCCCACCGCAGGGCAGAGUUUCCCUUUCCCCAAGAAGAUCCCUUCGGUAGCCCUUCUUUCCUUCCCACUGAAGGAUCUCCGCCAGCCGUUCCCUUUGAAGUUCCAGCCGAGUGCCGUCGGGGUCGCUUCCUAUCCGGAUCCCACUGCCAGAGGAAUAAUCAGGAGAGAUCGCAGUCCCGUGGUCAGGAAAAUGGGGGAAGGCGCAAGGAAAACGUCCAGGACAAGGAAAAGUGCCAGGAAAAGUGCCAGGAAAAGUGCAAGGAAAAGGGCAAGAAGGACAAAAAGGGCAAGAAGCACGGAAAACAUGGUCAUGGAAAGCAUCAUGGAGCCCACCGUGGUUAGGCGAUCGUUACUGCCAUUUACGAUAAAGAUCAAUAUUCCUUCAAUAUAAACUAUAACCUUUUAUAUAUAACACAUAUAUUACACAUAUACACCGAAAAGCUUUACUAUUAUAUACAUUUAAAAUUAACUAUCAACCAAAAAAAAAUAAUAAAAAAAAAAAACCAAAGAAAAA